ACUAAACCAGAAUAUACCAUAAACCUUUUCACAUGGGGAACAAACCAAAGCUCCCUUUCUUCUCCAAGCACAACAACAAUGGCAGACAUUCAAAACCUUCAUGGCGAUGGCCUUCAUGUCACCAACCCAAAACUCACUCUUUCCGAACCGACGAAACGCCCGAGUCAUGGUUCUCAAACUCAUCCGAGUCACCAAGUUUCUCAACAGCCUCAGAUGAGUCAAGAACCGGAGCUGGUACUGGUGGAGUCGACUCAGUUGAAACAGUCAUUCAAGGUGUAAGGUUAAGAUCCGAGAGGUUGUUUUACGAGCCAAGUGAACCUAAGUUAGGGGCUGAGUCAGAAACUGAGUCACCAUACAAAGAAACAACCGUUUUAUCAAUGGAAUCAAUGGACCCUUUUGUUGAUUUUAGAGAUUCCAUGGAAGCAAUGGUGGAAAGUCAUGGAUUAAAAGACUGGGAAAGCCUUGAAGAGCUUUUGGGUUGGUAUUUAAAAGCUAAUGGUGAAAGUAGCCAUGGAUAUAUACUUGGUGCUUUCAUUGAUUUGCUUUUGAAGAAGAAGAUGAAGCUUGUUGAUGCCGGUUCGUCCUUAACACCUAGUUCACCAUUGUCGUUUUGUAAUUCUUCAUCGUCUUCUUUAUCGUCUUCUUCUUGUUAUGAAGAUACUUUAAUGGUAACUCCAUGUGAGUCUUCAUUAAAAGGUAAUGGAAAUAAUAAUAAUAAUGAUAAUAAUAGUAACCAUUGUUUAACAGAGAAGAAGAUCAUUGUAGAUGAUGAUGGCGUUUCUUCUUGCUUAAGUUAGAUUUUCUUCUCUUUUCUUUGGGUUUUUUUGUUUAAAUAUUUUUAAUAUUGUUUAUACCACUAAUUUGCAGAAAUGAAUACAGUGCACUUUAUUUAUUUCUUGGUUCAA